UGGGGAGGGUGGUGCGCGCGAGUCAAGCGGGGCGCGCGCGCGCGGUAUGGGAAGGCGGAGGGGGGGGAAAAGAGCGACGCGAAGGCCGGGCCCCGGACGCGCGCAUGCGCGUGCCCGCCACUCUCUCGCUCUGCGCUCCGCUCUGGGGCUCCCGUGAGGAAGAGGAAGGCGAGGAGGAGGAGCAGUGGGGGUAUCGGCCGGUCCGGCGGCCCUGAGGCGACGACGGAGGAAGACGAGGAGGAGGCGGCGGCUGCCGGAGGAGGAGGAGGAGGAGGCGGCGAGGGGGGGCGCGCCGGCCAGGCCUGAGGAGGGACCCCCCCGCCCGACCUCCCCCCUCCCUCCCACCCGGAGGGAAGAAAGAAGAUCCCCCUGAGAGAGGAGGAGGAGGAAGGCCCCGCCCCCCCCCCGAGAGAGGAGGAGACGCUGCUGCUGCUGCUGCUGCUGCCUCUGCCGCCCACCCCACAGCAUUCUGGCAGGCUGGGGGGCCGCCACUGACUGACAGAAGGAAGGAAGGGAAGCCCCACCCCCUGGCACGCGCCCCCCCCCGCGCCAAUUCCCACUUCUUUCUUCUCUUUGCUCUCUUGCAUCUUCCUUUUUUUCUCGCCACCUGUCCCCCCUUCUCCUUCUUCUUGGUCCCCUUUUCUCUCUCUCUCUCUCUCCUCCCUGCCACUUUCUCCUACUCUUUUCCUCCUUUCUACUGCCUUUCGUUCUCCCCCUUCUCCCUCCCCACUUCGCCCCCUUCCUGCCACUUUCCCCAUCUCCUCCUCCUUUCUUUCAGCCACCUUCUGCCUUGCCACUUUCUUUUCUCCACUCUGCAUCUUUUUCUUUCUUUUCCCCUCUCGCAAUUUAUCACUGCUGCUUUCCAAAAGGAAAUUUCGCUCAACCUGUUCAGUUUCUCCUGGAGCUUUUCUUUUUAACACUUCUCAUCUCUUCCCCCCCCCACUUAAAAAGCCUUGCUGCAUUCUUCCUCCUUAGUUUUGUCAUCUGUCAUUUCAAUAUCUGUCACCUUUUAAGGGCGGGGAAUCCUCUUUCCAUUUCUUCCUUUUUUCCUCUUUUUGCUGCUUGAUUAUUUCAUAACUGUUGAUACACAUCCACAGAGACCAGUCUUGAAUUCUUUUAAAGAACCAAACUUUUUAUUUUCUUAUCCCUCCUUACUGAUAUCUCUUUUUGUUUAAAUUUUCUUCCAUCCUCUCCCAUUUUUCUUCCUCUUUAAAUUAUUUUUGUGUGUGUAUGUGUUUUUGUGUUCACAUUUUCUCUCUGUGUCCAUUUUCUGUCUGUGUCCAUUUCCUUUCUUAAUUUCCCACAUCUCAGUUGUCUCGUUUUGGCUUUCCCCCCUUAAUUUAUGUCCUUUCUCUUCUUUCUUCAUUCUGUUCUUUUCCCAUAAUUCUCUAACUUGUUUGUUCUUCCCAAAUAUUAUCUAAAUUGUUUCUCUCCCACAUUCCCUCUUCCUACAUAAUUCUUCACACUGCCUGAUUUUCUUCUCACUUCAUUUUUUCUCCAUUCGUUUAUCCACAAGCUAGUUCACUCAACUCUUAUUUUCUCCCUUCUUUCUCACAGUCAUUUUAUCUCUUGUCUUUCAUAAUUUCUGCUGCUUUUUUUCAUUUCUGCAUGUUGUUGUUUUAUUUCUGUUUUGUCAUCCUUACUUGUUCCCUUUUACCCUUAUCCUCACUAUCUCAUUUUGGGUAUAGUUCACUGACACUUCCUCCCUUCCAUCUCUUUUCAUCCCCCUUUUUAACUUUUUGGGCCCAUUGUAAUUCUCCUCUCCUUACUUUCCUUUGAUCUAGUGAGCUUCUCUCCCUGCCCUUCUGGUGCAAGUUGCUCAUAUCCACCCAGAUUUAAUAUUUGAGGUGGAUGGAUGUAUACACAGCACAGAGAGUAGAGUUGUAGAAGGCCUUGAGGGAUCUUCCUCCCCGCUUUGAAGAGAGAAACAAAAAGGAUGUGGGGAUGGAAGGGGUGGGCUUGUCAGUACUCCUAACAUUUUCUAGGGGGGUGAAUACACAUCUUUUUUCUGGGGGGGAGGGGGAUUGAUUUAAAUUUCAAGACUGGCACAGAAGAAGUGGACCGAGGAUGGCGUUUUAGGACCCAUUGCACCUGCCAUCUUGGGGGGAAGGGGGUUUCUCGCAUGCUCACGCACACACACACACACACACAAGCCUCCAUUUUUCUUGACUUGAUGAAGACAUAAAGGCCUGUUGAGCUCCAUGUUUUUGAAGGUGGGCAACUUGCUUGUGGAAGCGUAGCAAACUUCAUUUCCCCCACCCCCCCACCCCGUGGCCAAAUGACAGCUUGACCCAGUUGUUCUCUCUCCUGAGGGCAUCACCUUGGAUGUCUCUUUGUAGUGCCACAGCCAGCGCAAAAAUGAUGGCAGCUUACAAUGGUGGGACAUCUGCAGCCGCAGCAGGUCACCACCACCACCAUCACCACCACCUUCCUCACCUCCCUCCUCCUCACCUCCAUCACCACCACCACCCCCAACACCACUUGCACCCGGGCUCAGCAGCUGCGGUGCAUCCCGUGCAGCAGCAUGCUUCUUCAGCGGCAGCGGCAGCUGCGGCCGCGGCGGCCGCUGCAGCCAUGCUGAACCCAGGGCAGCAGCAGCCAUAUUUCCCAUCACCGGCACCAGGCCAGGCCCCUGGACCAGCGGCCGCGGCCCCAGCUCAGGUUCAAGCCGCCGCUGCUGCUGCAGUGAAAGCGCACCAUCAUCAGCACUCACAUCACCCACAACAGCAACUGGAUAUUGAACCAGACAGGCCGAUUGGAUAUGGGGCCUUUGGUGUUGUCUGGUCAGUAACAGAUCCGCGAGAUGGAAAGAGAGUUGCACUCAAAAAGAUGCCCAACGUCUUCCAAAAUCUGGUCUCUUGCAAAAGGGUCUUCCGUGAACUGAAGAUGUUGUGUUUUUUCAAGCAUGACAAUGUACUCUCUGCUCUCGACAUCCUCCAGCCACCGCACAUUGACUACUUUGAAGAAAUGUACGUUGUCACCGAGUUGAUGCAGAGCGACCUCCAUAAGAUUAUCGUCUCUCCUCAGCCGCUCAGCUCGGAUCAUGUCAAAGUUUUUCUUUACCAGAUUUUGAGAGGUCUGAAAUACCUACACUCGGCUGGUAUUUUGCAUCGAGACAUUAAACCAGGAAACCUACUUGUGAACAGCAACUGUGUGCUUAAGAUCUGUGAUUUUGGAUUGGCCAGGGUGGAGGAACCAGAUGAAUCUCGCCACAUGACUCAGGAAGUUGUCACUCAGUAUUAUCGGGCUCCGGAAAUCCUGAUGGGCAGCCGUCACUACAGCAACGCCAUCGACAUCUGGUCUGUGGGCUGCAUCUUUGCUGAACUGCUGGGCCGGAGGAUCUUGUUCCAAGCGCAAAGCCCCAUUCAGCAGUUGGAUUUGAUCACAGACCUGUUGGGAACGCCAUCGCUGGAAGCAAUGAGGACGGCUUGUGAAGGCGCCAAGGCACACAUUCUCAGGGGUCCUCAUAAACAGCCCUCCCUGCCUGUCCUGUAUACAUUAUCCAGCCAAGCUACACAUGAAGCCGUUCAUCUCCUUUGUCGGAUGUUGGUCUUUGAUCCAUCCAAAAGAAUAUCCGCUAAGGAUGCCUUAGCUCAUCCAUAUCUUGACGAAGGGCGUUUGCGAUAUCACACCUGUAUGUGUAAAUGUUGUUUCUCCACCUCAACUGGAAGAGUUUACACCAGUGACUUUGAACCCAUCACGAAUCCCAAAUUCGACGACACUUUUGAAAAGAACCUCACUUCUGUUCGGCAGGUUAAAGAAAUAAUUCAUCAGUUCAUUUUGGAACAGCAGAAAGGAAACAGAGCCCCUCUCUGCAUCAAUCCGCAAUCUGCUGCUUUUAAGAGCUUUAUUAGGUAACUUUCCACGGUUGCCCAGCCAUCUGAGAUGCCGCCAUCUCCACUGGUCUGGGAGUAAACGUGGAAGAGAUCAUGUACUACUGAAGACACAAUGUAGCUUUCCACUGGAUUCUGGGAUUUGCAAUUCUGGGGGUUUAAUCAUGCUUGUACUGUAAUUUUACUAAUGAAGUUUUAAAUUAACAACCACUAUCCUUGUAUGAUAUUCAAAUAAGAGUUAGAAACGUUAACUAGGCUUUUAAAUCCUGUCAAGGGUGGCUUGUGCUUUUAGAAGACAAUAUUUUAUCCAGAGUUGCACAUGGGUCUUUCUUUCUUUCUUUCUUUCUUUCUUUCUUUCUUUCUUUCUUUCUUUUUCAUGAACUGUAGUGCAGCUGCGAUCUUGCUUGGCUCUUAAGAAACAGAAGAUUGAACCAAAUUGGGAAUGUGGCUAUUCUUUUUCCUCUGGUUUUCUUUUUCUCCUUGUUUUUCUUCAAUUUUAAAGUGAGAUUGUGCAAAAGGAUAAAGUCUUUUUUUAAUAUAUAUUGAGCCAUUCCUGAAGAUUUGGGGUUUUUUCUUAAUAAAAUGAUAAAAUGUUUAGGGAGUACAAAACUCAACUGUGACCAAUCAUGGAGUCCCACCAGGCCAUGGGGGGGUGGGGGCUUCAAGUGGCAAUGUCACCUGAUAGUCGGACCCCCCCCCCAUUUCAGUCCUCACUAGCGCUGUGGUGAUGAGUGAGUGUGUGUGUGUGUGUGUGUGUGUGUGUGUGUUGUUCUCUAAUCAGAUGUUUGCUGAGUAGAGAGAAUGAGCUGUGACUAGGAGAGAUGAACAUUUCCUUUUAAACACCCCCUCACCUGGUAUAAAUAAAUAUAUAUAUAAAUAUAUAUUUAAUCUAUUUUUAUUAGAAGUUUUUCCUGCUCUUUUCUUACAUAAACAAAAACCCCAUUCCCCAAGCAUGCAUCUGCAAACGUGUGUAAAUAAUUCCAUUUUGCGGACAAAUUUCAAAGGAUCUUGACAUCCAUUGCUGUGUAUAGAGAGAGGAGCGAGAGAGAGGAGUUGCUUGAGCAGAACUAGCUUGCACAUUUUUAGGUCUGUGAAACUUUGUGAAUUUUUUUUUUUUUUUUAAAUCCUGCACUGGACAGUUGGGGGGAGAAAUGAAAUGAAAAGCGGAAGAAAAGCACAUAGGGAAAUUGUUAAUUGUAUUUGUGUCUUUAGGCAAAGCUGUGGAAGUCUUGAAAUGUCACAGUAGUAAAUAACUUUUAUUA